AUUUGAAAUCCCGCGUGGUCGCAUCGCAGCAACCUGACGGAAGGUGAGCUGCACAACACAUAGGCAGCGACGGAAAGAAGAAGAAGAAAAGAAAAGAAGACGACAAAGUGCGCGUGUGUGCGUUUUCGUAUGUGAGCAAAACAACAAUACGGUUACGAUAAGAACGGUGGUAAAAAUUACAGUUUGAAUAGAGGUUACGUUCAAAAGCAAAGAUAUUCUUCCAAGAAAACACGUUCAAAAGUGUGCGUACUGAAAGUGCAGUUAAGAAGCAUCCAGCUGUAGUCGGGUGAAUGGCAGCGGUGGUUUGUGAAGUGAUUGAUUACCAUCGCCAUCAUAACGCGCGAGUGUGUGUGUGUGAAUUUAAAGGGUGUGUAGUGCGUGUGGCAUUGGUUUUUUUUCUUUUAUGAUUGCCAUCACAUUCCGCGACGUUCAAAAUCAAUCCAAUCAAGCCCUUGCACCAUUCUCGUGCGUGCUGCUGUUGUCACGGAGCCCCCAACAUUCUUCCACGCGCGUUGCCACUGCUGCCGGAUGCACGGUGCGAGUGCGAGCGCCACGAGGAGCCGUGAGAGCGAGUGAGAGAUUUCGGCUGAGCAGAGAGAGAGAGAGUGGAAAAAAGCAGCGAGAGAAGCCCUGCAUACCGCGCGCCAGUGUAUUGGUGUGAUCGCGCGUGUACAGCAGUGUGCGUGUGUGUGUGUUGUGUGUAGUGAGCAGUGAGAAGAAAAAAAUCGAAAUACACGAUUUUGACAGCUCGCUCUCGGUUGCUCUCGCUCUCCCUCUCUCGCAAGGAGGCAUUUUCAAUGAUUUGUGUGGUGUUCAAGUGACACGGAAUUCGCUUUCGUCGUGUAGAGGUGAAAAAUCAAAACAUCGUACGUACGGUCUGAAAAUUUGCCGUGCCGUCAAGUGUCUGUGGCGGAUGUGCCAAAGUGUGACCGCUUUUACCUGAAGAUUGCGAUUGUGUUUUUUUUCGGUGUGCCGUGUUGCUACGAACCGAGCAAAAGGCCAACAGUGUGCAGGAGCGGUGUCCCUGCAACCUAAGGAGCGAAGUAAGCAGCAAGACAAGAAAAGCGGGGGGAGGGUCGAUCGAUUUCGUGAAAAGUGCCGUCACUGUGAGCGCUGGGAGCGCAGCGAAAAAGAGCGAGAAGCAGCAACCAGCACAGCAGCAGCAGAAGCGGGAAGCAAAAGAGUGAUUAAAAAUCCUGAGCUUUUCUUGGGAAUUAGUUUUAUUUUGUUUGUGAUUGUGUGUGGUGUGUGCUCUCUCUGUACGGAGCAAUUUUUGUGUGUGUUGCCUGUGUUUGGGGUUGUGUUUUCCGUGCAUCGUGUGUGUAAAGAAGGAAAAGUCCGGAAUUUCGGAAGGAAAGAAAAGUUUGUGCAACAAUACACAAAAAAAACCACACAUACACACUCCUCAGGCCAGGAGGAGUGGCCAGUGGCCCGCUGUGUGUGUGGCUCGACUCGGAAAGCUCAGUGAGCGUAAAAGAAUAAUCAAAAAAAGGGCUAUUGAAAAUGUGAAUGUGUGCGAAAAUCCAAAUCCAGCAAAGUGCCCUAAAAGUCAAGAGUGAAGUGAAAUUGUGCAUGGAAGUAUGCUGGUAAAGUAAAGCGAAAACGAAAAUUGAAUUGCGAUGCUCUCGCUGAUUCUGCAAACAUCCCUCACUGCGUGUGUGCGUGCGCUACGGCCGCUAAGGGUGUGUGCGUGUGCAGCAGCAGAACCGUCAUCGCAGUGUGCGUAGGCGCGCCAAAGAGUGUUUGUGUGUGUUCCCUCUCUGUGGGAGUGUGUGUGAGAGAGAGAGAGAGAAGCAAUAGUGCGUUUUAUUGUUGUUGUUGUUGUUGCUUUACUGUUGUGCUUUUUGUGCAUCCUUCCUCUCACUUCCUGUUGUGUCCUUCAACCUCUCAAUCCCCCCCCCCCCUCCCCCCCCUUCUCUUUCUGACCCAUGUGGAGGAAGCUUAGUAUCGCGGGAAACACGGGCAAUGGUCACCGGUCGCGGCUAUGAGUGCCGAGGUUAGUGCACCGCAAUGGCGAUCGCUCGGAUUCAACGGCGGCACAUCCGACGGUUGCGGGUCGCCAGCAGCCCCCCCACCACCACAACAACACCCGGAGGCCGCUGGUUCGCCCCCGGGGGGCACCCUCAUCAGCAAUGGCGGUACGGGGGCAGGCGCCCUUCCUGAUCUCAUACCGCUUGUCGGUGGCGGGCGACCCAAAUCGCCCGGCGAGAAGUGCAUCAAUCACAAUAACAACAUAGUCAACACGACGACGACGACGACGACGGAGGCGACAACACCCACCGGCGGGGAUGUCGAUGGGUGUGCGGCGGCGGCGGCGGAGGAACCGUUCCACUGUGAGCUGGCCGUCGGGCUGGGUGUGGAAUCGAACGCGGACCGUGACUCCGGGUUCGAAACGCCCUCGCUCGAUACGACCACCGGCUCGGGCGGGUGGGGCGAGCGGCCGGCGGACACAACGCCGGACGGUGCAACACCGGUGCAACGUCACGCGGAACAACAGCAGCAGCAGCAGCACUAUGUUGCGCACGUGGUUGUUGCAGGGGAGUGCAGCGAGUCGAAGGACACGAAGCUAAUACUGCGCCGCCGGAUGUCGCCCGGUGGCGGCGGUGAUGGGUGUGGGUCACCGCACGAUGCGACAGCCCUGCCGUCGUCGGGUGAAACUGCGGCCCACAGUCCGUCCAACAUCAAGAUGGAGACGGGAAGCGAACCGGAAGCGGCAACAGCGGCGCCGGUUGUAGUGAAGCAGGAGCAGGGCGUUGAGGGGACACCAGUUCAAACGUCCACCCAGCGAGCACCACAGCAACAUACGGCCCCCAAACGUACCGGCUACCGGGACGAUCCGCUGCCGCUUCCGCUCGAGCCAAAAGAGCACCGGAAGUCGAACCGGCGGAGACAGUUCACCGAUCGCAUCAUCGAUACGCUCUGCCUGCCGGAAAUCUUCUUCAAUGCGCGCGUCCGCCCCAAACCGAAGCCGAAGCAGCCGGCCAAGCAGGCGAACAAACCGGCGGCCGCUGGACCGGUGCCGGGAGCGGCGAAAAAACGUGCCAUCCCUGCGCUGACGGUGCCGAAGCGGCCAACGGCACCGCUCCGCACCACGUCGGCCCUGUCGAACGGCAGCGAGACGGGCAGACCAGGUUCGGCCGCAUCGGCGGCCCACCUUGUCGGUGCCCUCGAGCGUUCCCCCAGCGUACCGUGCACUGGGGCGACGGGCAGCGCAAGCGGUGGCAACACUUCCACCCUGUCCACCACCACCACAGUUCCUAGGGUAAAUCCAAUCUUUCUGUUCGUGAAGCAGGAGGACACGCGCAUCGUGGAGGUCCGGUGCGAGGACUACGACAAGCGCAACCGUAUACGAUUGACGCGGACUGGGCCGGCGGGCAGCUGGCGGGCGAUACCGCGCACCGACCCGACCACGUCCGUCACGUUCUCCCUGCUGCCACCCCGCAGCGAUGGGGAGGAACACGAAGAGGAGGAGGAGGAGGAGGUGGACCGUGCGGCAGCGAGCGACAGUUGCUGCGGAGGGCGGGCGUCCAGCGUGUCCGGGUCCGCUUCCGUCUCCGCGUCACCAAAGUACAAACUUGCGACGAAAUCCGGACACAGCAGGCACCACCAUCACCACCACCAUCGCAAGCAUAAGAAGAACAAGAAGAAGAAGCGGCGCCACGUGUCGGAGGGCACGUCGGACGGUGGCCGCGACAGUCGCACGAGCGGUACGAGCUGCAGCGGCACGAUCGGCCGGCUGGUGGCGACCGGCCAGCGCAAGGUGACGUUCAGCGUCGGCGUGAAGCAGGAGCAGCGGGUGGCCACCUCCCCGAACGCGGAGCAGCCGGCGGAGGUGUACCACGACCACGAGCGGAUACGACGGGCGGACGAGGAAGCGGCGGCGGCGGCGGCGGAGGCAGCGGCCGCCGAGGAGCGCGAGCGGGAGGAAACGAUAGCGGAGCUGAUCCGGAACUAUCACGAGCAGCAGCGCCGGCAGCUCCAGGAGCUGCAGGAGAAGCUGCAGGCCAGCCGGCGCAGCGAGCUGGUGGCCGCCAGUCAUCACACCAAUAUCAGUAGUUUUAGCGAACCGAGCGCGGUACCGAAUGGUGGCAGCACCACCACCACCACCACCACCGACGCGAUGGUGGUGGACGUGAAGGCGGAGGAAGAGGACGGUGGAACCGGCUUCUGCCCGCGGCUGUUGCUGGGAGACAGCGGUAGCAAUAGUAAUAAUAAUAACAGUAGUAGUAACAAUAAUAGUAGUAACGCUAGUAACGGUAGCAGUAACGCCCUCGGUAGUAGUAUUGGUGGCAGCCCGAGCCACCACGACGCCACCAGCAAGUGCAAUGGCGGCGGAGCAGGAGUCGAGACGGUCGAGAACACAAGCAAUAGCCAUAAACGGCGGCAGUCCGAGCUGUCCCACAAGCUGGAGCUGCUCGAGCUGGACGACGACGAGGACGAUUGUGGAGCGGGCGGCAAGGGUGCCCAGUUGGUAGCCACGCUCGAUGACUACGAAGUGCACGACGACGACGACGACGACGUGCAUGGGUCCACGCUGGCAGCGCUGGCACGGACCGCCGAUCGGGAGUGGCCGAUUGCGCUCGCGAAGAAGUCGUCGGAGAUGAAGGCCCGCCGAACGAGCAUCGAGUCACAGAUACCAACAAGCGUCAUCCCGGUGCAGCAGCAGCAGCAUCGGUGCAGUGACGCUGGUGCGCAGGCGUCCAACGACGGUGGACCGCCGCCACUCGGCAGCCUGGUGCUGAGCGUGGACGACGAGGACGACGACGACGAUGGGGGCACGGCCGCGGCGGGUCUGCGUGCACUGGAUGAACUUGGGCUGAAUCAUCAUCACCAUCAUCAUCAUCAUCAGGAGCAGCACCAACACAUCGUUGACGACGACGACGACGAUGUGCAACUGCUCGGCGUGGAAGGCGGUCGGUCUAGCUUCGGCGUGGACCAUCACCACCAUCACCACCACCACCAUCACAGUAUGCACCUGCAUCAUGCGCUUCGCUUCGAUUCGUCGGCAAGACCGUCGCAAGGUUCGGACGAGAUCAUCGAGCUGGUACCGCCCGACGACGACGACGACGCACACGGUGCUUGUGUUGGUGCCGGCCCCAAGGAUGCUGGGGAAGGACGACCGCACGAGCACGACAGCCACCCGGACGAUGAUGGUGGUAGUGCGCUGGCCGCUGCGAUAGCGGCAGCGGUGGCGGCGGCGGCAGCAGCAGCCGCUGCAGCCGAUGCACCAGCGGCGUCACCCGACCGCUCCUCCACCACCGUCGUCGAGAUAGACGACGACGAAGUGUGCGUUCUCGAGCAGCAGCAGCAGCAGCAGCAGCAGAAGAAGCAGCUAACACCAACACCAGCAUCGCAAGGACACACGGCGAAAGGAACCCGAACCCGGAGUAACGACGACGACGACGAUGCUGCCACUACCACGACAACGACGACGAUGGACGCCAUCGUCAUCGGCCCGGACGGUACUACAGGUACGACGACGCUCGCAAGAACAACCACCACUACGACGACAUCCGCGUCGACGGGCUCUACCACCACUACCCCUUCCGUUUCAGGGACGCUGGCGGCGGCGGCAGCAGGCGGCAGUGAAGCAGGCAAGACGAAAUCGACUUGCAUCGAGAGCAACGCGGAAGUGCAUCAUCCACCGCACAUCACCAUCAGUAGUGAUAGUGAGCUCGACGAUGACGAUCCGAAGCACGCGCUGCAGCAGCAGAACUCGGAUCUUCUGGAGCAACAGCAGCAGCAGCAACAACACCAUCAGCAACAAGAACACAACCAUUUGCACCAUCAUCAUCAUCAUCAUCAUCAUCAACAACAACAACAGCUGCAUCAUCUGAGUGCGGAGUUUGGCGACCUGAUCGAAGGCAUCGACGAGCUGCAGGCGGCUAGUAGUAGUGGAGGAGGAGUAGUGGGAGCUGAAGCAGCAGGUGCAACAGGAGGAGCAGCAGUGCGGGGAGGACCGGCACACAGCGGGUCGGCGGCGGACGAGCUGCUGCAUGCGGCGGCGGCCAGCUGCGGCGACACUACGAUGACCGGGGCCGCCGAACUGCUCGACUCGCUGGUGGAGCAACAGCGCCGCGCGGACGCCACCGGUGUGGCGGCGACCGGGGGCGGCUCCUCCGCCACCGCGACCAAGCCGACCACCGCCAACCCGAUCUACACGAUCGCGGACGACUACAACGACGACGACGAGGACGACGUGCUGCUGGAGCCGGAACCGGUCGCGGACAUCAUUUCGCGGCUGGGCGAAUCGCUCAGCACCUCGCCGAAGUGUUUGUCGUUCAAUGAGGCGGGCGAAAUCGAGGGCCUCACCGGCGACCUGUUCGGCGGUGGGGUAGGUGGUGGUGUUGGGGGUGGCAGUGCUAGCGGCGGUGGUAGUGAUGGCGGCGUGGAUGACGAUCUGCUGCCGAACCCGUUCGCACCCGAGCAGACGGUAGCAGCGUCCGGUGCGAUGACGCAGCAGCAGCAGCAGCAACAGUCCAGCGCGGUGGCAAUGGGAGGUGGCGGAAGUGCUACGACGACGGCGUCCACCACCACCACCACCUCGUCGGCGGCGUCCUCCUCCACGACCACGCUGGAGGACGAGCUGUCCAUCACGAUAAAGGAUCUGACGGAGGCGAGCGAGCACGCGAGUUCCUACUUUGCAAGUGCGGCGGCGGCGGAGGCAAGCAAGGCCGCCGGGAAGGAAGGUACCGAUGGUGACCGAAGUGCCGGCGACAGCGGUGGUGGUAACAGUGCAUCAUCGUCCUCGGUGAGCACCUCGGCGAAGGAGCUGCCGGCCGAGGCGCCGAUCGUGAUAUCGCCCGACUCGUGCCAGGAGGAGCUGCCGAAGGAUCUGAGCUGCCGCAAGCGCAGCCUGUCGCCCUCGCCCCGGCCCGUGUCGCACAGCUCCGAUGCGAUACAGUCGCCGCAGCCGAGCGGGCUGCCCGCGGUACCACCGUCGCCGGAUCUGUUCCUGCAGCCGAAAUCCAUCUCCGCGUCCAGCUCGAGCAGCAGCUCAACGACGUCGAGCGUGAUCGAGGCGCUGAUGUCGCAGGCGGCCGCAGCAGUGGCGGCCGUCGCGAAAGGUGGCGGCCGGCCCGCCGCUGCUGACGGGGUGGGUGUUUCGGCGACGACGACGACGAGCACGGUGGCCACCAGUACGAGCGGUAGCGCCGCGGUAGCGACGACGACGACCUCCAAAACGGGCGGCACGGUGCAGCAGAAGGAACCGCUCGAUCUGGGCAAGUGUCGCAAGUCGGCCAGCCCGACGGUCAGCUGCUCGGAGGAGGCGAAGCGGCUCUCAUCGUCCAGCGGUGGCGGUGGCAGUGCCAGUGCUGCCGACGACACGAGCGAACCGAAAGCGAAACGCAUCAAAACGGACCCCGAACAGCAGCAGCAGCAGCAAAGGCCAAACAGUGGUGCUGGUAAGACGGUGCCGACUGUCACGACGUCCAGUGCGGGCGUGAGUGCCGCCUCCCUGAUCAACGCGAUGGCGGCCGGUGGAAGUAGCGGCGCAGCCGCCUCAGUGACACCCUCCAGCCAGCAGAGUGCGGCGGCGGCUGCAGCGGCCGCUGCCGCCGCCUACACGAAUCUCAACGACUCGGCCCGCCUGGUGGAGAUGCUCACCUCCGGCAACGAUCCGGACCCGCUCACCCAGCUCCGCCUGCUCGUGGGCAAUCCGGCCUGGAAGGUGCCGGACCCGCUGCUCGUGCCAAAGGAUCGGCUGAACGCGGUGCUGGCGUCACCGGCCCGCGAAAUCCCCCUGCUGCUAACGACGCGGCCCGAGCUGCGGCUGCCGGAAGCGUUCGCCUUUCCCAACAUACUGCAGGAUCCGGACAUACUGGUGAUCUCGCUGCAGCAGCUCGAAACGAUCCUGCAGACGCAGGAAGAGCUGGUGAAGCUCAAAUCGAAGACGACGCUCGAUGCGACGGCGGCGGCAGCAGCAGCAGCAGCGGUCGCCACGCCGCCUCCCACCACGCCCGUGCCAUCGAUGGCGGCCGUCGGCAAGAAGGCGCACGCCGCGGCCGCCACCCCGACACCGCCCAGCCCGCUCGAGACGCUGAAGCAAACGCUGACGGCGCAGGCGGCGAAACAGAACCCGAUGAUGAGCUCGCUGCUCGCCUCCGGGCUGGCCGGGGACAUUGACGCGGCAACGACGGCCGCCUUCAACCAGAUGCUCUGGCUGCCCUACCUCGGCCAGAUGGGCCAGUUCGCGCCGGACCUGCUGAAGGCGAUGAUGAACCUGCCGGCCUCGGCGUCCGCUGCCACGGUGGCGGCGGCGGCAGCUGCCGCCGUCGGUGGAGCGACGGGCGCCGCCGGCACCGGCGCAAACACGCUGGCCGACAUGCUACCGUUUAUGGGCCCGCGGUUUCAGGACUUUUGCGGGUUGCCGCCCGCCACGGCGACCAGCCCGCUCGAGUACAAGCGGCAGCUCGAGCUGGCCAUGCUGCAGGAAGCGAUGACGACGGCCAACCUGCAGCAGCGCAAGCAGCAGGAAGCGGCGGCCCAGAAGAAGGCAGCGGCGGCAGCGGCCGCCGCUGCGGCUGCCGCCCACGUCGACCGCAAACCCGUCCUUGGGCCGAAAACGCUCGAGCAGCAGCGCUCGGUGGCGGCAGUAACGGCCGCCGCCAACAUGUUCCAGAGCCAGCAGAAGAAGGCGGCAGCGGCGGCGGCUGCCGCUGCCGCAGCGGCCGGUAUGAUCAACCCCCUCGCGAUACCUCAGUUCAUGACGCCGCCCACGAUGACGCACGGAAGUGGCAGUGGUGGUGGUAGCGGCAACAAUAGCAGCAGCAGUCGGUACGGUGCAGCUGGCGCGGCUGGUGCUAGCUCGCGAACAUCCGCUCAAGCGUUGCUGCAGCAGCAGCAACACCAUGCGCAACAGCUCCAGCAGCAGCAGCAGCAGCAAUCGUUCAGUCCGAGUGGGUUUAAAAAUAUGGCCAACCUUAUGAACCAGGCGGCUGCAGCGGCGGCAGCGUCCGGUGGACGGCAGCAGCACUCGGGAAGCUCGCACCGGCAACAGCUUACCGCGUUGCAGAAAGCGAAACUGCAACAGCAGCAACACCAUCAGCAGCAGCAGCAGCUUCAGCACCAAAGCAGUAUGGGUGCGGCCGGUAUGUUCGGUUCGGCGGCGGCCAAUUCGUUCUUCAAUCUUCCCACCAACUUCCAAGAGUUCCACGAGCAGCAGCAACAGCUCGCCCGGAAGCUCCAGAAAGAGCAGCUCCACCAGCAGCAGCAUCAGCAGCAGCAACAUCAUCAUCAUCACCAGCAGCAGCAACAACAGCAGCAUCAGCUUCAGCUACAACAGCAGCAUCAGCAGCAACAACUCCUCCAGCAACAGAUGCACCAUCAUCACCAGGAAGAGCAAAAACCAAGGGUAACGUGCAAAUCGCUGAUGAACUUGCUGCAGCCGGACAAGCAGCAGCAGCAGCAGCUGCACAAGCAUGCCGGCGGGGGCAAUAGUGGUGCGAACAGUAGUGCUUCCAGCAAACUGGCCAACCUGAUGGCCAUCCCGGGGAUGGAUCUGUACACUGCGCAACAGCACGAACAGCUUCAGCAACAAAUGUUCCUACAGCAGCAACAGCAGCAGCAACAGCAACAGCAGCAGCACAACUUCCUCCAGCAGCAACAGCAGCAGCAUCAUUUAAUGCAGUCAGGCGGCGGUGGAAGUGGUGCGGGCGGUGGUAUGCAUCAGCAGCCCAAGCUAAAGGUGAAGCCCGGUCUGCAUCUGCUCGAUCCGGCCGCCAUGCAGAGACGGUUGCUGAAUACGGACGAUCUGGCGGAGGUCGGCAGCACCACGAACGGGCUCGACGAUACGACGGAUCUGUCCUCGCCGCUCUGGCAUCCUCUGUUUGGCAGUGCCCAGAAGGGUCUUGGACCAGGUGUUGGCGUCCCUCCAACCGGAACCAGCGUUGGCAGCCUGUCGCUAACUGGAAGUGGAUCUUCCGGUGGUGGCCUGAGCGCCUCAUCCGGUGGUAGCAUUAGCAGUGGCAGCGCUGGUGGUGGAGGAGCAGCUGGUGCUGGUGCCGGUGGUGGUGGUGGUGGUGGAGGUGCGAGCAGCUAUCACAGUCCAUGGCAAUGGACUACGAUCACCGCGACGGGCGAAUGACA